UGUAUUUAAACUCUUUCACUGCCCACAUGUCCCUUGACAUGAAGCCUCGCCUAGCGUUACCGUCUCUCCAGCGUCUCUCUCGGUCGUAUUUACACAUCGACACAUCUCGUCUCCCGCUGCUUGACCGAGACUGAGAUAGACCUCCCCCCCUCGACUUACAAUCGAUCUCACGGACACAUCACCCCCGUCAUGCGUCCCGACAUCUUCUCUCUCGGGUGGGGGGUGACACUUUUGGCUUCAGCCGCCUACGCCGCACCCACGCAGCAGCCGCAUGCCCGGUCCCUGGACCCGAGGGCCGAUUUCAACAUUCUCGUCGGCGGCAACGUCUCGCUGCGCAUCAUGCCCCUCGGCGCCUCCAUCACGUACGGCCAGACAUCCACCGACGGCAACGGCUACCGCGAGGCCCUGCGCAACCUGCUGGUCGCCGACGGGAACCCGGUCGACAUGGUCGGCUCGCACCCCAACGGCACCAUGCAGGACAACGAGAACGAGGGCUGGCCCGGGUUCCGCAUCGACCAGGUCCUCGAGAAGGCCGAGGUCUCGGUGCCCGCGACGCUGCCGAACCUCGUGCUCAUCAACGCCGGCACCAACGACUGCGUGCAGACCUUCGACCCGGACCGCGCCGGCGCGCGGAUGCUCGAGAUGGUCGAGCUCGUCUGGGCCGCGUCCAAGAGGGCGUCGGUCGUGCUGUCGACCCUGCUGCCCAACGGGAACGACACUACCGAGGCCUGCGUGCUCCGCGUCAACGAGCAGUUCAGGGCGCUCGUCGCGGAGCAGCAGGCGCUGUCCAAGAAGAUUGUGCUCGCCGACAUGCACACGGACGAGGGCCCGCUGAAGAGCGACCUCGUCGACGGUAUUCACCCCAGCGACGCCGGCUACGUCAAGAUGGCCAACAUCUGGUUCGCCAGCAUCAAGGACGCCGCGUCGCGCGGCUGGCUCGAGUCGCCCCAGCCGCUGCCGGGUAAUGAGACGAAGUCGAGAUGACUAGCAGAGAAGGCGGCGCCUCUGGUCUACCUCGUGUUCCGCAUCGCCAGAUAUGUCGACUGAUGCAUCUGACGCAUAGAUGGAGUCGCUCCAUCGAAGAGAGAGGAGAGCGUGUGAAUGCGGAUAGACCAUGCCGCCACAAAGCAUGAGUAUAUGUAUCUAUAUACUGUAGUCAGGUCUAUUUGCUGCAUCAACUCGGGGGAAUGUAUGCGAUGGGAUGCGAUGGGGCGGACGGGCCGCAAAAGGACUUCAUUGUUUAUAUUUCCAAAAUUUCCC